GAAGUCAAUUGUGAUAUAGAGAUAACAUGAUUUGGCGAUUGCACGCGACCUUAAACGCUAGUUUGAGGUGACGUAUUCUUACAGCCCUCUCGACUGUCUUCGAUUGAUGGUUGAAUAUCUCUCGCUCUUUUACCUCUUUCGACCAGUGCUCGCCGCUUUUCUCUUUAUAAUUGGUAAGCCCUAAUCUAUGUAUCCACCAAUCUAUCACCAAUAAUCCGUUCUCGAAUUUUCUCUCUAUUAAUUCAGUUCUUAGGGUUUAUUUUUGUUUCCUUUCUUUGUUGGACUUUAAUUUCUAGGGUUCAAUCGCCCUACCUUUUACCUUGUUAAUUGUUCGAAUAAAUUUUUAUAGCUCUAUACAUCAAUAGUAGAGAAUCUGAAAUCGAUUGUGUUGCUGCCUUUGCUUACUCUGGGUUUUGCUCUUAGAUCCGUGGUUGGUCUCGAAUCGAUUUUUUUGUUUAAAUAAAAAGAAUAAUAGGGUUUUUAUAGGCGUGGAAUUAGGAGUUUGAAUUGGAUUAGGGUUUUGUACUGUGACGUUUGAUUUUUUGUCGUAACGUAUGGCGGCUGGGAGAGAUGGGGUUUAUCGCGAUAACGAGUUCCGGGGACGCGAGUCUGAUAUUGAAUAUUCUAGGAGGGAUUUGGCUUAUUCAAAGGAAGAGUAUGAUGAGAUUGGGAAUGGUAAUCGUGAAAACGAACGGGUUAGAGUUCGUGAUAUAAGAGAUAGGGGUAUGGUUAGGCAGAGUGAUAUUAAGGAGAGAGAAGUGGUUAAUGGUGGGUAUCGGUCCUCUUCUAGUAGGAGUGAUUCAGGCAGUGAUGGCGGUACGCGUGGACCUAGGAGAUGUGAGUUUACUGUCAAGACCUUGGAUCGGGAGCCAGGUGAAUUGUCUAGUGAGAGUGGGUCCGAUGAUGCAAUUGAGUCUGAAUCACAGGUCAAUCAAGAUAGUGAAGCUUCAAAGGUAGUACAGAAUGGGAAUUGGACUCCUGUGGAGAAGAAGAGGAAGUUUUCUCCAAUUGUUUGGGAUAGGGAUGACAGAGAAGUAAGUAAUUCUUCAAAAAGUAGGAUUUCUCCGGCAGUGACUAUUCUCCCUCAACCGCCACUUCUCCCUAGGGCCUAUUGCCAAUCACCUGAUAUUAUUCCAGAUGGAGGUGUAGAGAUAUCUCCUAUUAAGGGUAAUAAAAACCAGAGUUUGAAGUCAUUUUCUCCAGUCAAGGAUCCAUUGGCUAAAAGGCCAGCUGGAUAUUCCGCAUCUGAGUCACCAGUAGGGUUGGCAGCUUUGCCCCUAGAGGAGCAACGAUUGGGUAAUGAUCAUGAAGCUGAGCUGAUAGAAGAUGAUGACUAUGUACCACUACGUAAUAUAUCAUCUUCUAGAUGGGCUGCUGGGAACAAUUCUCCAGUUGAUGAAGGUGAAAUUGUAGAGGAUCAGGAAAUGCCUAAGAGGGGGAAAAAGAUGCCUCAUUUGGAGUCCUUGGAUUUCAGAGCACGGAAUAGUUCAUUGACUCCUGACCUUGGAGACCUUAAGAGAGAUGGUUCUGAUAGAGCUAGAGGGACUUUGACUGACUCUGAUGAGCAAGACAGUCGUGCUAGGUCUUUGAGUGUGGAUGAUUAUCCUUGUAAUGAUACUGGCAAGGAUGGCUACAUGGAGAUCGAUGAUGGGUAUGAUGAAAAUGAUGGUAGCAAUGGCCAUUCUGAAGCUGAUUCUGAGAAUGAAAAUGAUUCUUCUGAAACAUCAGAGCCUGUAGGUCCUCCUCAAAGAAGUAUAAACAUGCUUCUGGGGUGUAGAGGUGUAGAUGAGUUUGAGAGACUAAAUAAGAUAGAUGAAGGCACUUAUGGAGUUGUAUAUAGAGCUAGAGAUAAGAAGACUGGGGAAAUUGUAGCAUUGAAGAAGGUAAAAAUGGAGAAGGAACGAGAAGGCUUUCCGCUGACAUCUUUGAGGGAAAUAAAUAUUCUUCUCUCUUUUCAUCACCCUUCAAUUGUUGAUGUAAAAGAAGUUGUGGUAGGGAGUAACCUUGAUAGCAUAUAUAUGGUGAUGGAAUAUAUGGAGCAUGAUCUCAAGGGCUUCAUGGAGUCAAUGAAGUAUCCAUUUAGUCAGAGUGAAGUUAAAUGCUUAAUGCUCCAGUUAUUGAAGGGUGUCAAGUAUCUCCAUGAUAACUGGGUCCUUCAUCGAGAUUUAAAGACAUCAAAUUUGCUUUUGAAUAAUCGGGGUGAGUUGAAGAUUUGUGACUUUGGGUUGGCUCGGCAGUAUGGAAGUCCAUUGAAACCAUAUACUCAUUUGGUGGUUACUCUUUGGUACAGGGCACCUGAACUUCUUUUGGGAGCCAAGCAAUAUUCAACUGCAAUUGACAUGUGGUCCUUAGGUUGUAUUAUGGCUGAAUUGUUGUCAAAAGAGCCAAUGUUCAAUGGGAAAACAGAAUUUGAUCAACUUGAUAAGAUUUUUCGAAUGCUUGGCACACCAAAUGAGACAAUCUGGCCUGGGUUCUCCAAGUUACCUGGUGUGAAGGUCAACUUUGUUAAGCAUCAGUAUAACCUACUGCGUAAGAAAUUCCCAGCAACAUCUUUCACUGGAUCGCCAGUUCUUUCUGAUUCUGGAUUUGAUUUGUUGAACAAACUUCUAAUCUAUGACCCUGAGAAGCGAAUAAGUGCUGAUACUGCUCUUAACCAUGAGUGGUUUCGUGAAGUUCCUCUUCCGAAGUCUAAAGAUUUCAUGCCUACUUUUCCUGCUCAGCAUGCUCAAGACAGGCGUCUGCGAAGAAUAUUGAAGAGUCCAGAUCCUUUAGAAGAGCAGCGUAGAAAGGAGCUGCAGCAAGGGGAAAUAGGGACUGGCGGCUUGUUUGCUUAAGUGGCCCAUCUACUGAUCUUCAUGCUCUGGUUUCUACAUAACUGACGGAGGAUGAGGUUGAGGUGAGAGAUAUCCAUUGAAAGGAAGUUGCGAACAUUGUUUCUCAGACGAUCAUUCAUACUUUUUUUAGCAGGCCCUGUGAUGAUUUGGGUGGAGAAAUUAUUUGCUUCCUGCCACCCAGUAAACUUGCAGGUUAACUUUGAUCUUCAGCUUUCAUCAGCACAUAGAAAUGCGCCUGUGACACUGAUUGCAUUGCAAGGUGUGACAUAACGGCCUUAUGUCUUAAAAAAAUCAGUUUCAGCUGAAACUUGUGCAUGUAAAAUUUUCAUUUUUACAUUGUAAACAAUCCUAUCAAAUUUUGUUUUGAAGUUUAGAACAUUAUGAAUUUAUUCUCCACUAUCAGUUCUGUCUAUUUUUUAAUAUUCACAUUGUGUUUGCAAGAGACGGUUGGUGUGAAGUGGAGGAGAGGUUCUUAGCUUUUCAUUGAUGAAGAAAUAGACAGUAACCAUUGUACGCUAAAGGUAAUUUAUUGAUUUAAUAUCUGUGGAAUGUUUUCUCAGAUCAGGAUCAUUGUUUCGAUCUUGAUGGGCUAUGUCUUCAGUGAACAUUUUGGUAGUACAUAUAUUGAGACUCAGCUAUGUUGUUCAUCUGCUGUUCAUAUUCAUCAAAAAAGAAGGGAAGCAGGGGGGAAAAUUUGAGAAUACUAUUGCCAAAUGCUUGUUGUAAGGCCUUUUUUUUAAACUAUUAUUUCUUUCAUGAACCUCAGUGCUUGCACCAGGAUAUUAGCAAUAUGAUAAUUAAAAAAAAAAUUCAAAAAAUAAAAUUUAAGAGUAGCAUCUGAAGAACAUGAGCUUUACUAGAACACUCUUCAAGGUGCUGCUUUCAUUUUUUGAGCAUAUUUUUUAAGUGCUUGCAGUCCAACCAUUUUUUGCUUUUUUUAGCAGUGGAGUUGGUUUGCUCGAGAUUAAUCUGUAAUUGUGCUAUGUAAUUUUGUUCAUAUGUUCAUCUGAUUUGACUAGUGUUUAGUAGAAUUCGCAUUAUUUAAUCUGUUUUAGGUUUAAUUACUAAAAAUCCUUUGCAGUACAGCUUAAUACACACUUUAGUCCCUUUUUUAAGAUCCAACUUUUUAUUUCCUGAACUUAAUAAGAUCAAUGUUCUUUUUCUUUUUUUUUUUUUAAAUUGCCUUCUAUAAUAUCAUUAUAUAUGUCAAGCAUUGAUAGGAUAAACUUAAAAAGGGAAGGGCAACCAUCACUAAUAUUAUUGAAUGAUUUUGUUAUGUGCUCCUUUUAUCUAAUUGGGCUGGAAAUUUUAUAAGCAAUGCUGAAUUCUUCCAUCAUUUUGUUUUCACAGCUUGUUCAGAAUGAUUUUAUUUCUUAUUGACUGCUUCGUUGACUGAUGGAUUAUGACAUUGGAAAUGUUGGUUUAUUGUUGCCUAGACAGGGAUGUUACUAUUGGAAGGCUUCUUGUCACUGAAAUUUUUUGUCCUCUUUAAUAUUGCACUUUCACAGUUCAGUUUUCCCUCCUUGGAAAAGAAUGACCAUGAAGAAAUGAUUAGGUGUUAUUCUAGAACAUAUUGAAGAGCUGCAUGCUUUGUUGAAAGAUCAAUUUUGUAUUUUUUGUUUCCAAGUUUAGACUGCUUUUAUAUGGUGGCUUUUAACUCAUAUCUGUAUCAUAUUCAGUUGCACACGUUCCUUAUUUCUUUGAUUUCCAUUUCAAUUUAGUUGGUUCACUGCUUCUCAAGUGGAAGUGGAAUUAAAUUCUUCAAGAAUGCUAACACUUAAAACAUGCUGAACACAAACAAAUGUUUAGCUCUUCCCUUUUCUUUUAUUUUCUAUUAAUGUGGCCAGAUUGAAGCUUUAACUACCAGAACUUUUUUUAUAACAUUAUCUGUGGAUGUCAGUGCAGUAUCAAAGCAAGCAGGUUCAGGAGGUUACCUGCAAACUGGAUUUUAUAUAACUUUCAAUUAGUUGUCUUCAUGCUCACUAGAGGUACAGUACAAACCUUGGUUUGUUGUUUUGUCAAUUUUGUUUAUUGAUUUCUUCACACUUAACUUUUACCAUGCUUGAGCUUUUGCAUGUAGUGCUGUGGGGGUCUGGCAGUAUUUUGUAGUAAUUACUGUGAGCAAGCUUCUUAGUUGAAGAAAUGAAAAUAUUGAUGAUUUUUUUGGGUACUGCCAACCCCUUAAAAGUUGUUAGGAGUGCCAAAGUUGUAGCCUGCUGUUGAACAGGUUGUCCCAUCUCCUGUGGUUUUCAUGUUUUAUUGGGGCAUUAGUUGGUUGGGGGCUGUCUUUGGGAUUUGAAAGUAUUUGCAAGUGUUCCAUCAGGCUUUGAACGUGGAACACCUGAGGCAAUUGCACUUCUGUACAGUUAGAAAUUGAUAUACAUAAAUUCUUUGGUAUUUUAUUGAGUUACUGUCUCUGUGCUUUUUUACAUGGGGUCUGAAUAGCAGUGAGACAAUAUGGAAAUUGCCAUUUAUGUCAGCUGGAGAAGAACUCUGCCUGGUGAUGACAUUUCAAAUAAUUUAAUGGGAAAAUAAUUAAAGGCCAAAUGGAGUUGAUGAGUGUCAAAAUUCAGAUGAACACAAAUGAUUGCAAAUAUAUUUCCCACUGUUGUUUUUUAAAGAGCUGGUGUUGGACGUUGAAAUCAUCAAGGAAAUAGAACGUGUCAUACUCUUGGUAACAUUGAUGUCAUGAUUUAAUAGGGCUAUACCCAGUCAAUAUUUUGUAACUAGAUUUUAAGCAGUUUAGAUGUAGAUAUAUUUUGGACAUGUUCUGACUGCCACUUCAGAACUGCAAUCAUUCAACCCAUUUUUCAUUUGUAAUCUUAAUGAUGCUUGAGAUGUUUUUGAUAACA